AUGAAAUCCCCAGACAAAACCCCAAACGUGACAAAAUGGACGCUGAACCCCAACCCCACUCGGGUGCGCGAUAAUCAACGUCGUCAUCGCGCGCGUGUCAAAGCCCGAACUGAGUCUCUUGCGGCUCAGUUGAGUGCGAUGCAGCAAGAGUUGCAAGCGGCACAGGCGCGCAUCCAUGAGCUUGAAUCUUUUAUUACUGCAAAUCGAUCCUCGUUUGUCUCUGAGCAAGGCGAGCUUCCAGUCGGGCUUGGGGCAUCCCAUAGUGGCUGUGAUGAACCGACGUGCUGUCGUCCCAUCCUCACAACCCUCGAUGAGCGUUCGAGACCACAGAAUCUGGAUAAAAAUGCUGUCGCAUCAUUUUUCGAGAUACCAUCAACUAAUUUACUCGCGUCUACUAUGUUUUCUACGGUUCAGCAUUACGAUAAGGACGAUCAACUACCCCCAGUCGCGGCUGGUGAAUCAACAACCCUCUGUCGAUUGGCGUAUGAAAUGAUCGAACAGCACAAUAUAACUGGCGUCGAGUCAUUUGACAUAGAAAAUUGCCUCCGACCAGGCUUCAGGCGCGCAGCAAGAAUGGGAGAAGGAUGUAGGGUCGAGACUACGAUUCUGUACGCGUUGAUUGAUCGCAUCAGCCCUGUCUGA